AAUCAGUUAACAAAUAAGCGUUUAAUACACACAUACCGCCAAAUCGUAACAAUAGUAGAGAAUUUUGCCAACGGCGACGGGACGGCAAAAUAGGCAACGAUAAUUUCGAAUACAAAAACAACGGGCAAACAAUAAAGGCGACAAAAUCAUGAUCACAAAAUGAAAUCAAGUGCAAAUAUCCACCAUAAGAACCCGAGCGCGAAAAAAAACGAAAUUCCAGGCUAAAAUUUAAAUAGAUUUACAACAGUGCGCUCGUCGAUAAAAUAACCGUCUAUGACCAUGUGGGUCAUUUUCUUACUUUUGGCCUUAGUUAUUGGGCUCAUCUUAGCGCUGCUGUUUGUUUUUAUGAAAUAUGUGCGCGACUAUUGGCAUUUUUUGGGGGUGCCCAACGAGAAACCGCGACCCAUGGUGGAAGUUGUCAAGACCAUCAGCAAAUAUGGCACCACCACACAGGUGCAGGACCAAAUGGAGUAUUUCAAAAAGUUGUAUAAAAAGUUCAAGGGGAGCGGUCCCUUUUGUGGUUUCUAUUAUCUGUUCGAGCCGCGCGUUAUGGUUUUGAGUCCAGAGUUGGUGCAGCAAAUUUUGGUUAAGAAUUUCUCCAAUUUCAAUGAUCGCGGUCACUAUCACAAUCGCAAAACGGAUCCUUUGUCGGCUGAUUUGUUCUCCAUAAGUGGUGAUCAUUGGAAGGAGAUGCGUUUAAAACUGGAGCCGGUUUUUCAAAAGGCCCAUAUGCAUCAUUUCUUUGAGAGUAUACGUGAGGAGUGCGAAAAGACCUUUCUGUUCUUUGAGCUGCAGCGUCAAGAGUAUCAAAAGAUCUCGCCCCAAAGUGAUGUGGCGCUGGAUGUGAAGCCCAUAAUGCAUCGCUAUGUCUUGGCCAACAUAGCCAAAUGUGUGUUUGGCCUCAACAAGGCCAUGCAAGUGAAGUACCCCUUGGAGGAAUUUGAUGCCAUGACCCAGUAUGCGUUGUACACACAUCGCCAUGGCAACUUCUUGACCUCCAUAAUGGAUCGCUAUCCCCGUUUCUUUCGUUCCCUCAACUAUUCGACGACCAAUGAGAAAGUCCAUGCCUAUUUUAAAGCCCUUCUCAAUGAUGUCAUUGCUCAUCGCAACAAAGUUGAGGCCUACACCGAUGACUAUCUGCAAUUGCUUAUCAAUCUCAUGAAUCAAGAAUACAAUACCCAUGAAACGGAAGUGCAUAAUGAGGGAAUUGGCCUUAUGGAACAUUUGUUCAAUGAGUUGGCUUCGCAUGCCUUUACGUUUUUGCGUGCUGGUCUCGAGCCCACCGAGCAAACGUUGACAUAUAUUUUGUAUGAGCUGGCCCGAGAUCCUGUAAUGCAGCAGCGGGUACGUGAGGAAGUAAACAAAGUGUAUGAGGAGGAUGGUGAGACAUUUACCUAUGAGGGCAUACAGUCGCUAAAGUUUAUGGGGCAAUUUAUUUCGGAAACCAUCCGCCUUCAUCCUGUGGUCCCCUAUAUCAUGCGACGUACCCUCAACGAUUAUCUGGUGCAAACAAAUUCAAAUUUCCUUAUACGAAAGGAUAUCAAAAUAGUCAUACCCAUUCAUGCCAUGCACAAUGAUCCUGAGAUUUAUCCACAACCGCACAUCUUUAAUCCGGAUCGCUUUGCUCCCUCCAACAAUAGGCUAAGAGAGAACUGCGUUUGGCUGGGUUUUGGAGAAGGACCACGAAAUUGUUUGGGUCUCCACUAUGCCCAAUUGCAGAUGCGUUGCCUAGUAGCAAUGCUAUUGAUGAGAUACGAAUUCUCUUUGGACACACAAAAUGUGGUUGUGUGUUGCCUGGAGGGUGUAGCCAUAAAGAUACGACCCUUACAUGAACGUUCGGAGUAUGUGGAGACGGAGGGAAGAGAAUCAGCCGUUGUGAUAUGAGGAAUUUAAAAGUUACAAAAAUAAUAUUUUAUCAAAAAUUAGUAUUCAUUGUUUCUGUAAAGUGAUUGUGUUGUUUAUAUACAUAUAGUCAAGUAUUAAUUUGUUAUUUAUUUUGUAGCAAUAAUAAGGUAAAAAAUUGUUUAUGUUUUAGA